AUGUCAUUGGAACAUGAUGAUCAGAUGAUAGAUAGACUAUCAUCUAACUUCCAAGAAGUUAAGAGCAAAGAAGAAAAAACUCUUGAAGAAUUACAGCAUUCCAAACAGGAAUUGAUGACCAAACAGAAUAAAGAGUUUCUUGAAGAAUUAUUUAAAGAUAAUGCUAGUACUCCUAUAAACAUUAAAAACAUACAAGUUACGAAUUCACAAUCAUUUAGAAAUACAUUUCUUCAAAAGCAACUACAACCUUUGUUAUCUAAUAACUUGACUACAUUGACAAAGUUAACUGAGAAUAUAGAUCAAGUUACUCACAACUUCACAAAAUUAGGUCUUGUUGAAAAUUUGUUGGUGAGUUUGAAUCCAAUACCGAAGACAUACUUCAAUAGAGGCAAACCGUCCAUUGACUUGGUGCCAAUUUUCAAUAUCAUACCAGUGAAACGAUUUUAUGCUAAAACCGGUACAAACAUUGGAAAUGGAGAAGGUGAUGGAUAUAUUCAAUUUCAAAUCAAGAAUAUUUUUGGUGGAGCAGAGAAUCUUACAUUUGAUGCAAUAACUGGUACCAGAACUCAAUCAUCUUAUUUACUUAAUUAUAAUCAACCGAUUUUUAAUAAUGCAAAUUACAUCUGGGAAAACUUGGCGUAUCUUAAUGUUAAAAAAUUGCAUUGGUUAAAUAGUGAUCUUGAUGUUAAGGGUAUAACUAAUAAAAUCUACACUCAAUAUAAGCUGCCUAUCAAUCACGAAUUAAUUUUGGAGAAUUGUUGGAGAUGUUUGACAAAUAAUCAAUCUAAAUCAUUAGAUGUUUUAAAUCAACUGGGAAAUAACUUCAAGUCAUCCAUAAUGUAUAACUGGAGAUAUGAAACAAGAAAUAACAUGCAUUUACCUACAAGUGGUAAAUUCAUUAGACUAGGUAUUGAAUAUUCCGGUUUAUGGAGUUUCAACUCGUCACAUUUUAUUAAAUCGGUUAUGGAAUCUCAAUUUGCGUAUAAAUUUAACAAAUUGCAUUCGGUUAUUUUGUCUUGCAAGUCAGGCUUGAUAUUUUCUACGGAUAACGCAACGCCUUUAUUAGAUAGGUUCUAUAUUGGUGGACCAAACGAUGUAAGGGCAUUCACAUUAAAUGGUUUAGGACCUAAGAAUUAUAACUCAUCCAUCGGAGGUGAUGUUUUCCUCAAUGGUGGCAUCUCACUCAUUUCCAAAUUUCCAAGAGUAAGUGAUGACUCUAAUUUUAAGAUACACAAUUUUAUCAAUUUCGGUAAAUUAUUACCUUUAGACAAAUCUAAAACGUCAUUAGAAACUGUCAAGAAUUUAACUACUGAAUUCUCAGUAGGAUAUGGUUUUGGUGUUCUUUAUAAUCAUCCAAUGGCAAGAUUCGAAUUGAAUUUUGUUUUGCCUAUCGCUUCGCACGAGAGAGAUUAUAUACGGAAAGGCUUACAGUAUGGUAUUGGUAUUUCUUUCUUAUAA